UUGCAGUUGUUUAGGAUGUUUGCAUAUUAGCUUGUAUGCUAACUGUAGAGCUACCUUAAAUAUUAUAGGUGAAUUUAAAUGACUGCAUUUUUGAAUCGCUGCUACAGUGUCCGAUCAUUUUUUUUUUAAACAAACUGAAAUCAAACACAACUUGUCAGCAGAUGCAUUCACUUGCAAGAAGAUGUAGCUAGCCAACCUGAAACAACGGCAAAAGUGUAGCCUAUUUUAGGUUGAACGAAACGGACAGCUAACUGUCCUGCUAUCCAGCCAAUUAUUAGCAUUAAAAUCUAAGAUGUAGCCAGCUGGCUAUGAACGUAUGUUAGUCUCAUAUGCUUUUCGUAAUACUGAAGAUAACGUGUUCAUGGUUGUGUCUGAUCUUGGAACAGAAAGCUUAUUCGCAACAGCACUGAAGGAAAUUGAGCAUUCUGAUUUUUCUUUCUUUAUUUUCAGGUUAUUGUCGAUUGCUCAGCUUUGUAAGUAGUUGGUCAUACAUAGCGGAAGAUAUGAUUGCUGUGCAAGCAGGACUCUACAUAGGAGCGGCUUCAGACCUGGGAGACGGCCAGGAACUGGCCAAAGCAGGCAUCACACAUAUACUGACCGUUGAUUCUGAAGAACCACAAUUACGGGGAUCGUUUCGAACAAAGUUUGUGUAUGCUCUGGAUGAGGCGGUGACUGAUUUGCUUAGUUCUUUGGACGGUUGCGUGCGGUUCAUCUCCGACGCGAUUGACGCCCCCUCAGCCGCAGUACUUGUUCAUUGUCAUGCAGGACAAAGUCGGAGUGCGGCAGUGGUUACAGCCUUUUUGAUGAAGUCCUGCAAACUGACCCUAAGUGACGCAUACGCCAGACUGCAGCAAGUCAAACCAGAUGUCAAGAUGAAUGACGAGUUUUUGAAUCAGCUAGCAUUGUAUGAGUCAAUGGGCUGUGAAGUGGACAUUACAACUCCCAUGUAUAAGCAGUACAGGCUUCAGAAAAUUACAGAUAAGUACCCAGAGUUGCAGGGCGUGCCGCGGGACGUGUUCGCUGUCGAUCCCAUGACCACAUGUGCUGACAGCGGCGAGGUCGUCCAUAGAUGCAGAAAGUGCCGACGGACACUGUUCCGAAGCACCAGCAUUCUCAGCCACGACACCGGCAGCGGGCCAGCGGCCUUUGCUCAUAAGAAAACGGUCCCUCGCGGCCCCACGCAAACACAGUGCACAUCGUACUUCAUUGAGCCUGUGCAGUGGAUGGAGCAGGCGCUGCUUGGCGUGCUGGAUGGACAGCUCCUCUGCCCGAAGUGCAGUUCAAAGCUGGGCUCCUUCAACUGGUACGGAGAGCAGUGCUCCUGCGGUCGCUGGGUGACGCCCGCCUUCCAGAUCCACAAGAACCGCGUGGACGAAAUCAAACACAUCAGCAUAGCAGCACUGAAACAGCAGGACGGACACGCGGUGUGAAGGUCCCCAUGUAUUACCAAUGAGCAUUUACUUCAAGAGGCCAGUAAACAGACAUCAUGUCGUGAACACUUCAAGCUGGAAAGAUACUGCUGUCUGGCAAUGGAAUGACAUUGGCACAAUCUCCUAGUUUUCUUAUUCAUAUUUACAGUAUCACGUAUUUCCUCCAACAGUGUG